AUGUCAGCACAAGCCAACCUUGCAGCCAUGUUUAAACCUCCAGCUAAUCAAGUACUAGCUAAUGAUUUGAGAUGGCUACCAAUCCCUGUGCACACUGUUGCUAAAGAAUCCGAUCCGGAAUUGUACGAGUCAAUUGAAUGCCCAGCAGCGAACAAAAAAGUCACGCAGAUGUACGCACAAAAUAAGGAGAUAGUGGCACUGGAAAAGAAGAACGCUGUACUUCUGAACUAUAUCGCUAAAAACGCUCACUGGCCCAACGGCACACUAAGUUUAUCGGAGAUGUGGUUUAUAUUCGAUCCGCUGAAUGUUGUGUUUCAUCAUAACGAUACACACAAAAUGCCGAAAUGGGUGAAUUCGACUAUCUGGAAUGAGAUCGUUCGUCUGUAUGACCAAACUUGCCAGUUCUACUUUAGUACCGAUAAAGUGAAGCGAUUACGUGCAGGUAUGUUGCUCAAAGAUAUUAUCGGCCGUUUGAAAAGAAAGUCACAUAAUCCAGUCACUGAGCGAGAAAAGUUUUAUGCAUAUUCAGCUGUGAGUUCAUUUUCAUUUGCAUGCACCUCAUCUAAAACUUCAGCUCAGUAA